AUGCCGUCUAGUAAUGCCAGACCCGACCAACCUCUCAGCCCCAGACGUGAUGAUGGCUGUCAAGAAGAUGACAUCGUCUCCAUGGCAGACUCCACCAUCACCAUAGAUGACAUCGAGGGAGAGCUUUUCAAGAUUGACAGUAUUCGAGAUGUGCUGGUCAGAAGAGAGUCAGAACUCCGAUACAUGAUGGAUGACAUUCAGCUGUGUAAGGAAAUCACUCGCCUCAAGAAGGAGCUCCAGAAACUGGUGUCCGUACCAGACAAUGACAAGUCCAACGAGGACAGACAGAAAGAGGAGGAUCUUCUCCAGCAGAUUCACAAGCUGGUGGAGACCAGAGAUUUCCUUGUUGACGACGUGGAGUUUGAGAGGCUAAGGGAAAGGGAGGAGGACAAAGAAAUGGCUGAAUUCCUCCAGUCCAAGUUCCCCAGAAACUCCAAGAAGAAAGGUCAGAUUCCAGCCAGACGGCUAACGUCCAGGGCCCAGCAGACCUCGUCCCCUUUCACCAAGACAGGCCUGUCCCUGCUGAAGGAGUGCUGUGGCUUCACCUGCUCCAUCAUGUAG